AAAUAAACGUGGCGGGACGUAAGUGUCAUGGCGAGCUCCAUCUAAAGUGUUUCCCGUAUCCGCAGAACGGCGUGUGGAUCCUCUCACUUUGGACUGACUUCUCUUUCCAGAGGAUUUGAGACUGAUUGCAGAUAAUCAAGAGAAGAUGCCUUCUGCCUCCUGUGAUUCUCUCCUGGACGACAUAGAAGAUAUUGUGUCACAGGAAGAUUUAAAGCCACAAGAUAGGCAUUUUUCACGGAAGCAUGUUGUUCCAAAGGUGCGAAAGCGAAACACCCAAAAAUAUUUGCAAGAUGAAAACAGCCCACCGAGCAAUAGCACUAUUCCAGGCAUACAGAAAAUUUGGAUGCGAACAUGGGGUUGUUCUCAUAAUAAUUCGGAUGGAGAAUAUAUGGCUGGACAACUAGCUGCUUAUGGAUAUGAAAUUACAGAAAAUGCAUCAGACGCAGAUCUAUGGCUCCUGAAUAGUUGUACUGUAAAAAACCCAGCUGAAGACCACUUUAGAAACUCCAUAAAAAAAGCUCAAGAGGAGAACAAGAAAAUUGUGCUAGCUGGAUGUGUUCCUCAAGCCCAGCCUCGGCAGGACUACCUUAAAGGACUGAGUAUCAUCGGGGUAAGCUUGUACCUGACGGGGAGGACAGAAAAUCCUAGGUUGUUGAAACACGUGGUUCAACAGAUAGAUCGAGUGGUAGAGGUUGUGGAGGAAACCAUUAAAGGUCAUUCUGUGAGACUAUUGGGUCAGAAAAAGAAUAAUGGAAAGCGGUUGGGUGGAGCGCCAUUGGAUUUGCCAAAGAUCAGGAAGAAUCCACUGAUAGAAAUCAUUUCCAUCAAUACUGGGUGUCUCAAUGCUUGUACCUACUGCAAAACUAAACAUGCCAGAGGGAAUUUGGCGAGUUAUCCAAUUGAUGAACUAGUCGAUAGAGCCAAACAGUCUUUUCAAGAGGGCGUCUGUGAGAUAUGGUUGACCAGUGAAGACACGGGGGCUUAUGGCAGAGACAUUGGCACCAGUCUCCCCGCACUGCUGUGGAAACUGGUCGAAGUGAUCCCUCGGGGAGCAAUGCUGAGGCUUGGCAUGACGAAUCCCCCCUAUAUUUUAGAGCAUCUGGAGGAAAUGGCAAAAAUCCUUAAUCAUCCCAGAGUCUAUGCUUUUCUGCACAUACCGGUCCAGUCUGCCUCUGACUCUGUACUCACGGAAAUGAGAAGAGAAUACUGCGUGGCCGACUUCAAAAGAGUGGUGGAUUUUCUGAAAGAGAAAGUUCCUGGAAUAACUCUUGCCACAGAUAUCAUCUGUGGUUUUCCUGGAGAAACAGACCAAGAUUUUCAAGAAACAGUGAAACUCGUUGAAGAGUACAAAUUCCCCAGCCUCUUUAUUAACCAGUUCUACCCGAGACCAGGGACUCCUGCUGCAAAAAUGGCACAAAUUCCAGCACAAGUGAAAAAGCAAAGAACAAAAGAUCUCUCUCGGGUAUUCCAUUCUUACAAUCCGUAUGAUCACAAGAUUGGUGAAAGACAACAAGUGUUAGUGACAGAAGAAUCUUUUGAUUCCAAGUUCUAUGUCGCACACAAUCGAUUCUAUGAGCAGGUUUUAGUGCCAAAGGACCCCACAUUCAUGGGGAAGAUGAUCGAAGUGGACAUUUAUGAAUCAGGAAAACAUUUUAUGAAAGGGCAGCCGGUAUCAGACGCCAGAGUAUACACGCCAUCCAUCAGCAAACCAUUAGCGAAGGGAGAAGUCUCGGGUUUGCCAGAGGAAUUCAGAAAUAGGCUUGGGAAUCACCCGAGUUCAGUAUCCCACACUUCUGCCGUCGGGCAAGACUUCGCGAGCUCCAGGAUGGCCCUCCGCUUGCAAAAUCUCCGUCGAGACCGUGCACUGAGGGUGUCCGUGGGCCUGGCUCUGUUGGCUCUUCUUCUUGCCUUUUUUUGUCCAAAUCUCUAAUGAAAACACAACUAAAUGAAACAUUGGAGAAGAAGAAUAAGUUUCUAAUUAAAAUCUUCAAUGAACAGAACAGCAAUCACAUCAGUACUCCAAGAGCCGUCAUUUAUCCUGGUCUCCCUGCCUCUACUCCAGCCACACUUUUUAAUGAGGCUGAUUGUGUCUCUCGUGGAGUUGGGCCAUUGGUUAUUUGACCUAAAACCUACUAACUGUUGCCAUGGCAUAUCUUUUAAAUUAAGCUCCUUUUGGUUUAUUUGCGGCAAGAAAUGCAAGGGGUUGCAUUUUCUUUCAACCUCUUGUCUUCAAGUCAGAACCUAAUUACACAGUCAUCUUUUCCUUGUGUGGGAAGAGUUUUGAAUUUCAUUAAACCUUUAAAAAUGUAUCUUUCUCUCUCUGCUUUGUUUGGAGUCCCGGUGCUACGAACAUCUUAUUUUUCACAGCAGAUGUGUUUCUGAAAAGUUUAUAGACAAACCUGCAUUUGGAAGCAAGAAUUCUUUUGGAAGGCACAGGGAGAGUCGCCAGUUCCAGGGCUCUCGGCGACGUUUUUGACAAGCGCAAGGAAUCCCCACACGUCUUCAGCACCCGCAAACUUUCAAAAACGAUUUGUCUAAAACCAGCUGUGCCCCUUUUCUGACGUUUCUGAUCGGUGACAUCAAAUAUUUAUUUCUACCUGACAUCACUGGCCUUUACUAAAUACAGUGACUUAUUUCACUUACGUGAAAGGAGUUGACUUAUUAAGCAAUCUUACGAACAUCAGAAUUUAAAUGUUACUUGGACGGUAUGGAGUCACAGGGAAAUCGGGUGCCCUCUGGUUACCAUAGGACGCUUCGUCUUUAAACUCAUACCCUGUUCAGCUCUUCUUUUUAUGUCAAAAUGUUUCAGCCUUUUAUGUCUUUCGAGGCAUCCAAAUAAAAUUUAAUUAUGUCAUCA